UAUUUAUUUGAGAAAAAACGACGUCGUUGGGGUUGGCGGUUAGAAAGACAAAGCCCUAAACCCUGCUGCGCCACAUUAUAGUUCUCUUCUCUUCUCUCCCUCUGCCUCUGUUCUUCUUCACUACUCUGAACCCAAACGAAGAAGAAGAAGUAGAAGACGACGAAGCAAUACAACCAAAUCCCUAACCUCAAACCCUAGCAAUGGCGUCUUCCUUAGCCUCUCAGUUAGAAGUUAUCAGAUCCAUAGCACUCGCUGAUCCCGCGCCUCUAAAGAGACCAUUCACUCGUCCUUCUAUCUUAUUCGACCCUAAAAAAGCUGCUGACACUGAUACUGAAUCAAUUUUCUCUAUAGCUCUUCAAGGUUUGGAGGUUCUUAUUAAUAGAGAUGAAAGGUUUGGGAAUUAUAAGAACGAUUUGUUCAGUCACCGGAAUAAAGAGUUGGAUAGAGAGUUGCUGGGAAUAGAACAGAACAAUAAUCUUAACGUGUUAAUUAAUUCUUUUUUAAAAUUACUUUCUGGAUUUUUUAUUCUUCCCUCUGCACUCCAAACGCUCGAGUAUUUGAUACGUAGAUACAAGAUUCACGUGUUCAACAAAGAGGAUUUGAUAUUGUGUGCAUUGCCGUACCAUGACACACAUGCAUUUGUUCGAAUAGUACAGAUAAUUGAAACAAGUAAUGGUACGUGGGGGUUUCUAAAGGGUGUGAAAGUCUCUGGUGCACCGCCACCUAGAAUGGUUAUAGUGCAGCAAUGUCUUCGCGAUAAGGCCGUAUUAGAAGUUCUAUGCAACUAUGCAUCUCCAUCUAAAAAGUUUCAACCUUCAAAGUAUGUAAUUGGAUUUUGUACGGCUGUUUUCAUUGAAGUCUUGGGUACUGUUGAGACUGUUAAUGAUGAUAUUGUCAAAAGAAUACUUCCUUUUGUGGUCUCUGGUCUUCAGCCCGGUAUUAAGGGGGAUUCCAAUCACAAGGCCAGUUCAUUGAUGAUAGUUGGUUUGCUUGGAAAUAAAGCUGCAUUAGCUCCAAAACUUUUGAAUAGUUUGAUACGUUUAGUUGCCGAGGUUGCUCGCGAGGUGACUAAGGAGUCAAUAGAUCUUCAUUGGUUUCGGUUGUCCCUUAUUGCUUUAAUCAAUCUUGUUCAGUCCCAUGAUGUUGGAAUACUUCCAAUAAAGGCCUUGGAGGUUUUAAAGGAACUAAGGGAUUUGCCAGGGGUUUUAUUAGAAUUGUCUAAGGAGUUCAACAUUGAAAAGUUUCUUGUUGUUCUUUUGGACUCCAUGAUUGACUACAGUUCUAAAGAUGAAUACUGUCAGCUGGCUUUGCUUUCCUUGAUAGAAAAGGUCCCCAUAAAUGAUUCUGUUCAUCACGUGGUUUGCAAGAUCCUAUCAACUUGUGUGAAAUUAUCACAAAAAGUCGGUGACUCAGCCUCUUUGAUAUCAGCUGGCUGGGCAAAAAAGAUUUUGAUAGUCGUUAACACAAAGUAUCCUUCUGAACUUCGUGGAGCAGUUCAUCAUUUUCUUCAGCAUAACAAAGCACAUUCUAAGAAAGAUGAUUCACUGUAUAAGAUUUUAUGUAAGAUGUUGGAUGGGAAUUUGGAUUCAUCAUCUGAUAUCUCAGAGUCAAAAGUUUGGUUCGCCUUGUAUCAUCCAAAGGCUGAUGUUCGACGUACUACACUGCGUGAUUUAAAUUCUUCUGGCAUCCUGAAAAGUGAGAAAUAUGUUUCAGAGGGUCUUAUAGACAUUCAAGAGGCCAUAUUAAGACAGCUUGAUGAUAAAGAUCUAACAGUUGUUCAAGCAGCUUUAAAUGUUGAUGGCUUGCCAAAUGUACUAGGUGCUUCUAAGCUUCUCGAGGCACUGCAGAAUGUGCUAAGAAGAUGCGUUGGCAAGAUGCUGUCUGGUUCAACUGAUAAUGUCAGUCUGACUGGAGAAGUUGCUGUCACUUGUCUAAAGAAAGCUAUUUCAUACUUUCAUGAUCAAUCCGAUUACUUGAAGAAGAUUGCUGCCAUGACUUUUCCAUUACUCCUUGUUAUGCCACAGACACAGGGCUUGAAUUUAAAAGCUCUGGUACUAGUCAACAAAAUUAACUGGCCACUUUAUCAGAAUAUAGCUGUGUCUAGCUCUGAAGAAGCGACAUCAAUUCCCGGAAGUUUAUCUUCAAUUAACUUGAAGGUUAUCAAUAACUUGGCUGGCAAUUUCAUGGUCCACCCUGAAGAUAAUAUUGCUUGGUUUUCAGAAAGCUGCAACGAUUCAGAAUUGUCAAAAACACUCUUCUUUUUCGUUCUAUUGCAGUCACUUUUGAUUCAACCGAAAGGUGACGACUUUUCUGCACUGUUUGAAAAUGUGUUUCCUAUUCUGAAGGCUGAAUGGGAAUCUAUAGUGAAUGCUGGCGAUGUUCUUUUGGAAGAGUUCAAAUCUGAAGUGUUAGACUGGGACUGUAGUGCAUUCUUUGACCAUCUUUUGCAUGCCAAUCUCAGACCUUUAAAUGCAAAAGUUAUGGUUUGCAUUUUUUGGAGGCUAAUCGCACGACUAAUGUCAACAGAACCUUCACGCAAUCUGCUGGAUGAUAGCAAGAUAAAAGAUCUGUUUGUAUUUUUUGCUUCCUCAAAGUUCAAGCAUGCAUUCCGUGAACACCUCCAUUUCUUAGCUGCACAGUGCAGUGUAUCACCUGCCCGCCUAUUAUCGAAGUUUUUCACAGACGAAGGCGUUCCUGCUGCAGUCCAGAUUGAAAGUCUCCAGUGCUAUGCAUUUCUCUGUAAUCUGUCACAAGAUAGAUGGCAAACUGAACUUCUGGCUGAAUUCCCUUCUCUUCUUGUUCCAUUGGCCGGUGAUAAUCAGUCAGUAAGGGUUGCUUCCAUGAAUUGUAUUGAUGAGCUACGUGCCUUAUGGUGUCGUAUUGAACGUUCUGGCAAGAAAAAUGGGAACAAUGCGACAUGGUUCCAUUUUCUGGGUGAACUUCUAUCGUUGUUGGAUCAGCAAAAAACACUUAUAUUGUCUGACAAGAAAUUUCUUCCAUCAUUGUUGGCGUCCACACUGGGCUCAUCCUGUCAUACUAUCUUAGUACCUCAAAAUAUGGAAAACAGGUUUGAUCAGCCCACAAAAGAAAGAAUACUUGAGUUCGUUUUGGGUUCAGCUCUGGAAUUCUCUAACUACGGGAAGCUAAUGAUUCUAUCCUUGCUCAAAGGUAUUGGGAAUGCUAUUAUGCAUCCCAAAGUUGCGCCAAUGUUGUCCCAUUUUAUGAAGCAAUACUAUGAUGAGCGCGAUAAGUUUUCAAACACUGAAACUCGGAUAAUGUGCCUUUUGUUGGAGAGCUGUGUCAUGUCAUCUCCCUCUGGUGGAGAUGAUCUUCAAUAUCCUUUACUGAAAGCGCUGCAGUUGGAUGCAACUACUUCCGAUGACCCUGCCUAUAUAGAGCCUUGUAUCUCUGUUUUGAACAAACUUAAUAGUCAGUUCUACACGGGGUUGCAGAAUGAAGUGAAGGAGCGUGUAUUCCAUGAGCUUGUGUUUUUGUGCCGUAAUGCUAAUGGUGAUGUACAAAGUGCAACAAGAGAGGCCUUAAUGCGCAUAGAUGUGAGUUUCUUGCUUUUGGCUAACUUUUAUUAAACAUGUUUUGUCUUA